GCCGCCGAGUAGUUCUGUGUUUUUGUUGAAGAUGAAGUAAGAAGCAAAAGAGCGCAAGCUCUUUUUGCAUAAAGAAGAUCAAAAUCACUAUCACCCCCGCCCGACUGUAAGAACAUCAAACCAUGAAUGACUACACACGGUACCGGGCUGCGGUUACGCACCCGAACAAGACGCUGGACAAGAUGAUCCGCCACGAGGAGAUGCAGCGCAUGAAGACCCGCGUGCGGAACGCAAGCCCGGAAAAGGCGGUGACACUAGACCUCGGCCGCAUCCACGUGAAGAAAAUCGAGGCGUACGAGAAGUAUCUCCGGCAUGAGAGGCUGCAACGGCAGCAGUUCCACGAGCACCAGCAGUCCCUGCAGUCCAUGAAAAGCCGGAUACAAAAAUCCAGUGCGGCGGUUGUCAUACCCGCGCGGGCGAUGUUGCUGCAACAAGGGACUAGUACGGGUUCGAAGAGUCGGAGUUCCUCGGCUCCUGGGACUGGUAACAAGAAACACAAACAAGGGAAGAAAGACCACAAUAGUUUGAAAAUCACAGGGGAGAAGAACAGAUUAGCUUUAAUCCUCGGGAAUAUCGUCCAAAACCUAGACAACUUAUCGAAAAACGACGCGUACCAGGAGGAUGAGCAAAUUCGGGCGAGGAUAAACGCCAUCCGGGAAAAAUUUACCGCGAUCAAAACGCACAUGCGGUACACGCAGGUGCACCAGGUCAGUAGUGAAAACGUGAUCAAUGACUUAAAAGUCCGCGCGGCGGUCGCAGCCGGGAUCAGACGAGCGGAAAGCAUUGUCGCGAAGCAGAUGACGAAUGCGAGUACUAUGCGGGUUGCUGGCAGUGGUGAAGUAGAUUUUGAACCAGCGCAGCAGGAGGCAUCUCUGCAAGGAGCACCUGCAUCUUCUGGUGUGCAGCAGUCUCAGUCACAACACCCACCGGGAACGCCACCGUUCCCGGCCACUCCGCCUGGAAGAGGAGCAGAAACAGCUGCUGUUUCAACAUCCGGUGGCGCUGGUGGUACUCAAAGUGGAGGAGAAAAUACAGCCGUCGCCGCUCAACAGGAGAAUUUGAACGCAACUAAUGUGACAAAUGCACCAGCAACUUUCGCGGAUCAACCACCGGUCGGGCCGACAUUUGCGGCGCAUCAAGCUGUAGUUCCAGCAGGAGGGAGUGAUCAAAAACAAGUUCUAGUUGUGCUCACCCAGCCCGAAAAGUCAUCCUCUUCCUCUAGCGGGAACAAGAAAGGAAAAGCGUCAGCUUCUUCUUCAAGUAUCAACCCGAAGAUGGGUAGCUCAGCAGGAGCAAAAGGAACGUCAUCGGGUAGUAGUUCCAAAGACAAAAAAGACGGGAAGAAUAACCCUGCUUCUUCGAAGGAGAAACCUUCCGCCAAGGAAGUCUGUGUCCUCCGGCACCAAGCCGCUGUGAUUCAACAACAAGCGUCGGUCAUCCAGCAGCAGGCACAGCUGAUUGCGCAGGCCGUGAAGAAUGACCAACUGCACGAAACGGGCGGCAUGAUGGCGGCGGCUCUGGACGUCGCGACAAACCAGGCGCAAAGGGGGCGGAUCAUGAACAAUCAAGCCGCCGCAACCAUGGCGGGGAAGGACUUCGGGACAGCUGCAAAUAAAGCCGGAGGAGAUCAUCAUAAGGCUGCUGGUGGGAAGAAGAAGCAAGACAAAAAAGACGGAAAGACCGGUCCGCUGGGGAAGAAGAACAAAUACGAGCGUGCUGGAUCAUAUCCACUGGAAAUUUCCUGUACACAGACAGCAUACAGAUGGUGUUUCUACUACAUCUACUGUAUGGCGAAACUUUCAUCUCUCAAACCUGUUACUGUUUAGCAUGACAAGUCGGACGCUUUGAAUAUGGGGAAAGUAAAACUUCUAUGCAAUGAUGCAUUUCGCACAUCAUGUACGGGAAAUUUAUUGCAUUGCAUAGAGCAAAGUCAAAAUUGGCACGCGUGCCGGAGGAAGCAUCUUUCUCCCUCGCAAGUCGCGCCGGGACGGAAUCUGUGUUGCAUGGGGAGGAAGAGGCGGAAAGAGAACCGGUGGAAGCGGAGACCAGGCCAGUCAGUGCGUCCGAAGUGGUGGAACAGGAACCAAGGUAAUUCUUAUGGGUAAUUUCAAUUUGUGAUGCUGGGCAUGAUGCAUAAUGCGAAGCUCAGUCGUGCAAGAAGAAGAACCGCAUGAAUUCAUUUCAAACGAGACUUCUUUUAUCGAACUUGAACCUGUAGAAAAACUUCUAUCACGACAUCAGAACCCCACCCAUCCCGGACAACUUCAAUCUGGAAGCCUCCCCCGGCGGGUUGGAAAUGACGCACGUCGGCGGCAGAGCCGGCCCGAUGGCAAAAGAUUUAGUCCAGAACUUAGUCGACGGCGCCAUUCGAAACGAUGCCGACACUCCGGAGGACGAUAGGUACGGGGGAAGGGAGGUAAUCGAUUCUGGCGAUCAGCUGGACUCGGACAGGAUGCAGAAGAGCAGCCCGAGAGUAUUUUAAAACUACAACUAAGUAGUUUAUUUCGCUUUUUGCUCGAUUUUUGAGAUUUUCUAUUUUGUUUUUGCAUCCCUAAAUCGAAGAAAACUAAAGAUCAAUCUAUCACCAUUCGAUCAGGUCGAAAACCAGAACACGCGGCACGCCCGACGGCUCGCGUCAUCGCUAUGGCGUUCUCAAACGUUACAUUCUCAACUGAUACAUGGGUUUAUGCAAGAACAGCAACAGUGAAAGCGGCAAUAUUGCAGCUUUCGCAUCACAAAUUUGCCACAAAUUUUCAUUUUGUUUAGCCCUUCGAAAAUUUGUCAUGCAAAGCACCUUGAUCAAGUGGAGACCGAUGGCAAUUUUGCAUGAAAAAUCCGUGUAACAGUUGAGAAUGUAACAGCUGAGAGCGCCAUAAUCGCAAGACACGUUUCAGCAAGUGGACCGACCUCCAAUAGACCCGAGCCAGCAACACCAGUACUACGAUCACCAAACCGGAGCUGUGGCCCAAGUAGAAGGACCACAUCAAGCAGCAACUACACCGGACAACCUCACUUCCGCGCAAUUAGAAAGUCUCGAUGAUGAAAACCAGCGGAACAGCGGGAGACGGGAGCAGCUGGUGAGUACUAGCACGAAGAAACCUGGCAAAAACAAUGACCAACAAGACGAUGAGGAUGACAAUGCCCAGAUGGAAGACGAAGAAGACAAGGUAAUCGAGCAAUUUCUCGUGACGCAGGGCAUCCCCGCGGGGUUCGACUACCGAGCCAGUCGGAUUGAGGACAGGUUUUUGCGGAAGCAGGAGCUAGAAUACGACUCGCCGAAACGGCGGAGAAAUGACAAAGCGACGAAGCUGCUUUUGACGGAUUUCCGGGAAGACUUGGACCAGAUCCUACACAGGCUCACCCGAGCCCGUGCGGCGCAGGCAGUGGCGGAUUUUGUGGAGAAAGCGCACUCGGCAGAAGACGAUCGCGAGUUCGGGGACAUUUUCGACAGGGAGAAGGACGGAAUAAAACAGACGGAGCAAGACAUGGAUAAGUUGUUGAUUCAUCAGGUUUAUCAAGUGCAAAAAUGUCUGGGUAUGGAAGAAUACAAACUUGUGAUGCGCAUUUCAGAACACAGAAAAAUCUCUCAUGCAUAGGCAGCAAAAGAUGCCCGCUUUCUGUCACCAAAGUCAAGGAUUUGUCAUGCGGAUUCGGCAUUGCGAACGCUUCGCGAAACCUGUGUUGCUAGAGCUUCCAUGCCAGCCCUUCUGUGUCAUGCAAAAACAGCGUUACUCUUCCAGACCCAGACACAUUUGCAUUUCAUAAGGUUUUGAGACUCACCGAGUCUCUCGGCGAGGUAGAGAAAGAGUUUUUGCAACACACGGGAGACAGCCCGGACGGGUCGCCUGUAGGAGGAGACGGUGCUGGAACUACAACUAUGUCGAGGAACAAGCAAUACCAACAGGUGAAAGUCCCUUCUUUGUCAUUUCCCCCUGCUGCUGCAGAGGAAGAACUGCCCCCGGAGUUCGCUUUCAACCCCUUCGUGCGGAUUACCGUGAACAAUGAGUAUGCAUUGCAAAAGUAUCGUACUAGCUAUAAAUUGCAAUACAAAUUGGCUCAGCAUUACAAACUGAAUUUGUAAUGCGCAUCUGCCUUUAGAAAAAGAGUUGUGAUGCAUAUAAGCAUAGAGCAAUUAGUACGAGUGCGAUACUUUUGCACAGGAUACCGAGCACGAUUUGACGAAUCCGGGCGAUUUGGAGAAUUUUAUCGUGGACAUAGUGUGCUCCGACAGCAGUAGAACAAAUCCAGACGGUUAUGCUCCUGAUGCCGCGAAAAAUAACAGCGUCAGCGAGGAGGUUUUGAAUGAGGACGUCUGCAUCCGGCGGCAGUUCCUCGAGCAAAACCCCGAAACGGGCGAGCAGACGGAGUCAGCCCCUGCGAUCGUGUAUAACCUGCUCAGGUGUUACAAUCUCAAACGAUGCAAUUGAAUCUGGAAUUUGUGUUGCAUGAUGAGCAUGACAGACUCGCACAGCGUUCCACCUUUUGCAAUACAAAUUUCGCCAGAUUCUAGUGCGGAUUGGGCCUCCAGAACUUGUCAUGCGCAAUCCUGUGGGAGUAGGCUAGGUCAUGCACUCUUGCAUCACAGAUUACCAUAUUCUAUGUUAACGUUUGAGAUUGUAACAGCUGAGCGCGCUAUAUCGUGUUUCACGGAAAUCUGAAGGCCUGGUUCAAAACGGCGAUCGGGAAAACGUUCGGAAACGACAGCUCGGUGGAGCAAAUCGAGUUGGAGCAUUUGGUGCGGUUGAUUUUCCGAAACUUCUUCUCCCCGGUCGUGUAUCAAGCCGUGUGGUUCAGUAGGUUUUCCGAGCAGGGAGACGCAAACGGGGCGACUUUCGGGGGCACGACCGGUAGUCCGUCCCCGUCGGGAAGAAAAAGAGCAGCGAGUAGUGGUUCCGGCGCAAUAAAUGCUGUAGAACAACAUCAAAACUCUGUCGGCUAUAGGAUGAGAAUCCCGCUGUUCAUUGACUCGACGAAAGAGGUUCGGGUCAGCACUCUGGACGAAGCAGGUGCUGACCAGCAAGACGGAAUAAACAACGGGGAACCAGCUGGUGCAGCCCCAGGAGUACAACAACCUUCGGACAGCAGCCGCUCAGGCCAGAGCAAGACAAACAGCACGCCGAGAUCCGGCCGAUCUAACAGUCGAUCGCCGAAGAAGAAGCGGAAGAGAUCGAACGCAGGGGGGAGUAGAGGACGGAAGAUCGGUAUGCAAGAAAAAAACUGUGUUAGUGGAGGUGUGUCUUCGAGUGGCAGCAUGACAAACUCUCUGCAUAACAGAGAAAGUUUGUCAUGCACAGCAAGCUAGCACGUGAAAACUAAAAAUGCAUGAGCAGAGGUGGACUUCAUGAGUGCUUGGCGCGACAAGUGUAACUGUUUUGCAUUUUCCGCAUCACAGACUUACACGGUUUUUUUCUUGCAUGAUCGGGUUUGAUGAGGUAACCCAGGAAGAGAUCAUCGAGCAACUGGUGGAAAUUAGCAUUUCACCCAACGUCGAACAACAAGCUGGGGAUAUUAAGCAAGCCGUGCAAACUUGGAAAAAGCAGCACUUUUUCACCGACCGGUGUCUGGUUGUGAAACAAAACGAGGCCAGUUGGGUGAUCAUUACUCAACACGACACCCUCAACAUUGCUCGGAACCUUUUAUUGCUGCCGGAAUCACCGCCGGACUCUGUUCUCGUCUUCAGUCAUCGGGGACAGCAGGACUUGUCGUUCUUAAGCGGGACAGAUGAGACACAACAACAAGCAGCACCCGGUGGAGCGCUUCUAGAGCAGAAAGUAUGCGGAGUAAAAACAUCCCCACCCCAGAGUCAAGAUGCGGACUUUGCAACACAAACCCAGAAGUUUUGGGAGUCGCGCAUGACAAAUUGUAGUCAGUAGUGUAGUGCAGGGUGGCAAGGAGAGCCGCAAUACAGAUCCAGCUGCUCAUCCUGUUUACAGCAAUUACAAAUGCCAAAACACGAUUGGAAAUGCCCCCCAUAGAGAUGCGCAUUACAAAUGUUCCCGUCGUCGCACAUUUGCAUGACAACUCUGGGGUGGGUACUUUUUUGGUGAGGAUAGAAAGCGGUCCAAGCGCUCGAGCAACAGGAAUUGUUCCGCUUCACUGCGCCGCCCCGGGGGAGCAACGAGAAGACGGUCUUGACGCAGAUUGAGACGAAACUGAACAAGAUUCUGGUGCAAGUUGGGGGGUUUGCGGGGACGAAUUUAGCCGCGUCGAGUAGCGAGUGGGAACCGCCGGAUGGGGGCUUCGACGCCGGGUUGGGGAUGGAGUGAGGAGGAAGAUGGAUGAAGAUUAAUUUGGUUUUCUUGCUUCAAGGAUUCAAGAAGGGAAAAAAACCAAAGUGGGGCGCAUUUUUACUAGAACAGCAUCCAAAGUGGGGCGCACUUUUAUUAGAACAGCAGGACCGCCUAUCACGCAAUUCGGUUUUACACUACUUAUUCUGCUGCACCACAGGCAGCUUAGAAAUUCAAACAAUAGCCUAAUUUAUUACAACUCAUCUACUUUGUGACGAAGUUUUGUGAUAUGAUGUAUUUCCACAACAUUCAUGACUACGCACAGGUGCAGUAGCAUUCACUUUCAAUUCGCACUCUCUGACACCAAUGGAACAGGAACACACAAGAUGACAGAUGGUAAUGAACUACAGGAUGAGCUUUCGCUUUCGCGCAGAACUACCUGUACCCACAACUACCAGUACUAGACAUGGAUUGACUCAAAC